AUGUUUCCGAGUUCGCAUUCUUUUUUGCGUGCUGAUUUCUUACAUCAAAUGGUCCGUUUUGUUGUGUUUGCGCUUUCACGUUGGUUGGGAAGGGAACGACUCGGACUUCAGACUGAUGCAGCAACAGCUUGGGCUCGGUCGUCGGAAGAAUUGGAGAGUUUAAAAGAGCACAGAGCAGAAGAACCUGUCCAGGAACAAAGACAGCCCGAGAUGAAGACAUUGGAUAGCAUAGGUGCUCGUGUCUCGGAAUCAAAAUGCUUGGCUUAUCAGAACAAAGAGGAUUGGGAUCAAAGAUUCAAGGCACUUCAAAAUAGAGAAGGUUCUGCCGACAUAUUUUCUGUCGGGGUGGAAUUCUCAACAUUCUUAGCGAAUUUUCGUCAUACAGCCGAGGAAGCUGUGACCACAAUUGUUGAGGAGAUGGCGUUCGAGGAUUCAGAAAAGACUUUAAAACCUCAGCCUCUCGACGGCGACGACUUUUUUGCAACGGAUGACAUGAAGCACUUCACAUCAUUGCUCCCUAUGUUACUCAAGUAUCAGUGCGAUGGACUCUUAAUAUAUAUGUGCUCAAAUUUUUCAGUAAACGGGAGUGUCCAUCAAACGAGGAUAGAUGAAGAGUGUGUUGAUGCCUUUCAUAAACUUGUUGGUCAUCAAGUUCGUGCUGCGCGAGCAAUUCAGAUCGCAAUCGAGGAAUUUGCUGACAAUACUCAACCGAUUUGUCAAGACAUUAUACUUCAGAUUCCUCUGCAGUGCAGUAUUGAUUAUCUUGGCUUCCGCGCAUUCGUUAUUGCAUCCUCUUCACCAGGUUUGACGAGUACGCGACAAUCCUUAGUAAGUCAAGCGGAGACAAAUCAAGCGCAUCAGUUACAUCACCAAUUGAAGCUUGUGUACGAUAAUCUUGGACUGCUCACGGACAGCAUGCCUGCAUUAGAAGAUGUUAAGAAUGAAUUGCACUCCGAUUGCUCAGCUCCUGCCUACUUUCCUGUAAGUGCGGGGUUUUCUGUUGAGACACGAGAAGCUGCAUUAGUUUUUAAAUUGCAUAAUCUUAUGGAUAUUUUUCCCGCUGAUGUAUCAAGUGAUGAGCCCAAUGCGAUAGCAAACGAAGUGUUAUUAUGCAAGAUGCGCCCCGAAUUUGUUCGAAUGCAUGGAAACAGUUUACCACUCUACUCAAAUACCCACCUUUCAAUCGAUCAGCAGAAUCAAUGUGCCAAGAACAAGUCCCAUACAGAACAACAAUUGCUCCAGCAGUUUGCUAGAAGUGCGCAUGACUGCUUGGAAACUAUUAUCAUUCCGGAAUUUGUUGCUGAUCUUGAAAAUGGAACGGUUCAAGUGAUCGAUAGCCGAUCGUUGACACGAGCAUUACACGAAGCGGGUAUUAAUAUGCGCUACUUAUCUUCUUGCUACGAGCUGUCAUCUCUAAAGCAUAUAAGGCGUGCGUUGCUCGCAGAAAUGGUGGCUCGAGCGAUCAAAAUCGAAUUUCGAGCAUCACUUCGAGAAAUUUUACCAAAAAGUAUCGCGGCAAUUCUGACGCAAGCAGUAGGCUCCUUAAAUUUGCGAAUCGACGAUGAGCCCCGUCGCAACACUGACAUCACUACUGCUCGCGCUCUUGCAAAGCUGGCUCUUGAAAAUGAAGCGUCCCAAAUUACAGUGGAGUGUUUUAAUCUUGUUUUCGGAGUUUCGUCUCUUGAUUCCAAAUUGUUUUGGGAAGAGAGAAUAUUACCGCAGCUGCAUGCUAAAUUCGGUAGACCUGGUGAAAAGUUUGUUUGGGAUACGAUCAUCAAUGAGGACUUGUUGCAUAUGCCUCAAUUGUUUCACGCACUCCAAGUCCAAACUGGCGUUUGCUACAGUGAUUAUAUAUCUUACAAUUUACGAGGUGCUACUCCGUUUUCAUGUGAUCACAUGCAAUACAUUAAUUCACGUACGAAAUUACUUGUAAGAAGUACAGCAGCAUGUGAAAGGGCUAUGAAAAAUGCUGAUGCUUUUCUCGCUGCACAAAAUGUCGACGGUGCUCUUUCAAGCAUAUUGUUUCAAAUUUCGAUACUAGAAACCGCCCCAAGUGAUGAGCGUAAUUCGUCAUUGUGCCACUUGCUUACAUGCGCUGCAAAUAUUUUGUUGGAGAUGGACUUGCCAGACAAGGCAGAACAAUUAGCGGUUCUUGCGAUCGAAGAGUCUCCCAGCAAUCACGCGGAGCUUGCAUGUGUGUAUACAGUUCUCAUGAAGCUAAAGUAUGCAUCAAAUGACUUAGUCGGCAUCCAGGAAUGUUUUGCAAAAUCUGUGGAGCUCGUUCAAUGGCACCUUGGGCCCGUUCACCCAUUGCUUUGCAACACGUACAUGGCAAUGACGGAGAUUCUCGGAAACUUAGGUAAGCUCGAGCAAGCGUUGGAAAUCAUGCAGAAUUGUGUGGUUCUUGUACGCGAUUGCUUUGGAAAGACAAGCCUUCUCUAUGCAGAUAUUAGACGACAGCAGGGGAUGCUGAUGUUCACGGCAAACUUUACAGAUGGUGCGGCAGUUAUCGGAGUAUUGGAGGAUGCCUUUUCAGUGUACGAGAAACAUUUUCAUGGUCUUGUGGAGGACGUUGCAAUUUACAAAGAGUUUGCUGCAGAGUGUUGCUAUGUGCUAGCAACACUAUAUAUACAAGUAAAUGGAAACCAAGCUGCAGAAGCAGCUUACAGAGUUGCGCUUACAGGUCUUGGUCUUCGGAAAGAAGUACUUAUGUCGAGCCAUAAAGACAUGAUUAAUUCUUUCUUGCAACUUGGAAAUUUGUCUCGAGAUAUAGGAGAGCACUACCGCGCUGUAGAUUACUUCAAAUCCGCUCUGUCCACUAUGAAGUUGAUUCAAGAUGUUACAUAUAUCGAUCAGAUACGCAGCAUCACUAAGUUGAUGCUUCAGGAACAUAUCCAAACACUGUCAUUGGAUAUGCGUCACAUCGUCGACAAAACAGCAAAGCGAUAUGCUCAACAAUGGCCUCAUUUCGUGGCUCUGACCACUGAACCCCUUUCAAAAGCUGUGUCUAUCAGCGACACUAAUGACGAAUCAGCAUUGCUGGCAUUAGUAAUGACGAAACUCUUUCGACUUGAACCAACCGACUACAUCGACUUGCUAAUCGAGAAAACUAACCUUGAAUAUCAAGACUAUCGUAAGCAGUACAAUUUUAAUCUUGCUGGGACUCUGCAUCGUGAUAAUACUGGCGCAUUCUCAUCUCAGCAAGCAUUGCUUCGAUCCUCAAGUGGUUGUAUCUCAAGUUUUUCAGGAACCUUUUCUCCUCCAAGCUCACCCCGUGCAUUUUUAUCACCAAUGAGUCAUCCCACUCUUUUUCCAUCAUCUCCUCGUGGACGCAUGUCAUUUGAUCAGCUAGACUGCAAUUUCCUUAGAAAUAGCUUGGGGGAAUUUACUUAUGGCGGACAAUUAGCUGCCAUACUUUUCUUAAUUGAUCACUCCGUAGCAAAGUUUUUCACAUAG